UGUUUCACAGAGAAACCCUGUCUCCAAAAAACAAAACAAACAAAGAAAAAAAGUGUUAUUUCCCAUGUUCUCAAGGAUGAUUCCUCUGACUCUCCUGUGUCUCUUCUGUUUCUAAUUAUCUGCAGUGCUGCUUUAGUGAAAUCAGUUGUGUUAACUCAGGACUAUCUUGAAAUGCACGUAUGUCUCCAUCAAUUAAAGAGUCUAUUUUUCUGGAGGCAACAAUAUGUUUAACGGUUUUCUCCCCAAGCUUCCAGUGUCAGUCCAUGAUUUCCUGGAUUUGGGAUCAUGGACUGGACACCUGGUUGUAAUCUGUUGUUUGGGUCUUUUCAUUGUUCUUUCAUAGUUUUCAGUAUUAAUUUUUGCUUUUCCUUUUUGACUCCUUGUAUGAAAGGGCAGCAAGCCAUCAUUCAUUAUUCCUGGAAGAGAAACUCAAAGAAGAGAAACAGAAAGCAAUGUCUGAUUCUCCAGUAAACAUGUCUCAGGGUCUGUUGACAUUCAGGGAUGUGACUGUGGACUUCUCCCAGGAGGAGUGGGAAUGCCUGGACUCUGCUCAGAGGGCUUUGUAUAUUGAUGUGAUGUUGGAGAAUUACAGCAACCUGGCCUCUGUGGAGAACUAUUGCAUAUGUGAUCCUGUCCAUCAACAUGUGAAGACUGAAAAGGAGUCUUGUCAGUGUUAUGAGCUUGGCAAAGUGCUUCAUGGCCUCUCCAAAUAUGCACUUUAUAGAACAAGUGAAACUACAGAGCACUCUAAUAACUACAGAUGCAGUAACCACAGGGAUGCCUCUAUUGACUCAUCAAACCCAGACAGACAUGAAAGCAUGCACACUGGAGAUGAACCUUGCAAAUCUAAAGACUGUGAGAAAUCUUUAAAUUUGUGUUCCAACAUUACUCAUGAUCAGAGACUCUACACUGCAAAGAAAGAGCACAGGCAGGUAGAAUAUCAUGACUAUUUUACCUCUGUAUACAGUAUGUUGCAAAAAACAGUCUUCACUGGAGAGACACUACACCAGUGUGGGAAAUUCCGGAAAUGCUUCAGUACUGCCUUAAGCCUCAGUGUACCCCAGAGAAUUUCUACUGGAGAGAAGCCCCACAACCGCAACAUUUGCAACAAAUCCUUUAACCAGUGUGCAAAUCUCGAAACAUGUCCAAGACUCCAUACUGGAGAGAAGCGGUACACAUGCAGUGAGUGUGGCAGAUCCUUUACUCACUAUUCAUCGUUUAGAAGGCAUCAGAAAAUUCAUUCUCUAGAUAUAGUGUAUGAGUGUAAAAAAUGUAGUAAGUCAUUCCAUGAAUUAUCACAUCUUAAAACACAUCAGAGAAUCCACACUGGUGAGAAGCCUUACAAAUGUGAGGUCUGUGACAGAUCCUUUACCCAGCGUUCAAGUCUGAAAACACAUCAAAGACUUCAUACUGGCGAGAAACCUUACAAAUGCAAAGAUUGUGGGAAGUGUUUUCCACAGCUGUCAGCAUUUCAUAGCCAUCAGAAAAGGCACACUGGGGAGAAGCCUUACAAAUGUAAGGACUGUGACAAGUCCUUUGCCCACUAUUGCAAUUUCAGGAGACAUCAGAAAACCCAUACUGCUGAGGAACACUGCAGUUGUUCAGAAUGUGGCAAGGUCUUUCAUCAGCUUUCACACUUUAGAAGACAUUACAGAAUCCAUACUGGUGAGAAGCCUCACAAAUGUGAGGUGUGUGACAAAUCCUUUACCCAGGACUCAACACUUAGAAGACAUCGGAAAAUUCACAGUGGGGAGAAACCUUACAAAUGUAAGGAAUGUGACAAAUCCUUUACCCAGUACUCAACCCUUAGAAGACAUCAGAAAAUUCAUACUGGGGAGAAACCUUACAAAUGUAAGGAAUGUGACAAAUUCUUUACUCGGGAUUCAAAUCUUAGAAAACAUCAGGAAGUUCAUACUGGAGAGAAACCUUACAGAUGUAAGAAAUGUGACAAAUCUUUUACUAAGUGCUCAACUCUUAGAAAACAUCAGAAAAUUCAUACUGAAGAGAAAAAUACUGUUUUAAAUUAUGUGACAUAGCAUUUAUACAGUAUUCUAUGUUUACAAAUCAAAAUAGUAUACAUAAUAGAAAUAUACAUAGCCAGGAGUGGUAGCAUACAACUUUAAUCCCACCACACAGGAAACAGAGACAGAAAGAUCUCUUGAGUUCUGAGUUUGAGGCCAGCCUAGUCUACGGAGCAAGCAAGUUUCAAGUAGCCAGAGCUACACCAAGAAGCCCUGUCUCAAAAAACCAAAAAUAAAUAAAUAAAUAAAUAACGUAGAAAGAUACAUAAAGAUAAACUUGUGAACCUCUUUAAGGAAUAUUUAAAUCUUAGAAAGUAUCACAAAGUUCAUGUUGAAUAAAAUUUUGCAAAUUAAAUAGUGUCUUUUUUUUCUUUCAUUUCAUUUUUUUGUUUUGUUUUGUUUCUUUUUAUGUUUAUGGUUGUUUAACCUGCUUGUAUUACUGUACAUUACAUGUAUGCCUGUUGCUUUUAGAUGUCAGAAGAGGGCAUCACAUCCCCUGUUGCUAUAGCUACAAACAGUUGUGCACCUACAUGUGUGUUGGGAAAUAAACCCUGGUCCUUCAACCCCUGGGAAAUGCUAUAAUAAAAAUAUUUAUCUUGUUCAACAUCCAAAAAUUCAUAAUAAUGCCAGGUGUGGUGAUGCAUGCCUUCAAUCCGUGUACUUUGGAGGUAGAUGCCAGUGAAACUCUGUGAGUUCAAGACCAGCCUUAUCUACAGACCAAAUUUCAGAAUAGCCAGCGCUACACAAAGAAUUCCCCAAAAUCUUCUAAAACCAACCAAAACCUUGGG